AUGGGCUUCCAGUACCCCAACCUGACAACCUUCCUGUCACUCAUGCCUGAGAGCAGACAGCCUGAGCUGGUCAACUCCAUGCCUCCCUCUGAACUUGGAGAGCUGCUACGGCGUCCUGACAUUGUGGACGAUGAGCCAAUCUCUGAGACCCUCCCAGAGGCGGUGGGGCGUCAGACGCUGCCAUGCGUCUGGCCCACGGCUCUGAGCAGCACGGAGAGGUCGGAGGUCGACGCCUGGUUCGAUCGGCGUCUCCCCAACUACCUGGGUUUCCUCACAAAGGACCUUCUCACCUCCGGCGCCACCCAGAACGCCAGCUGCCUGGCCUUCCAAAGACUGGUCUCCACGUUGGCGAUGCACGACUACGCCGACGCUGACUUUACCACCCGGGAUGUGUACCGGUGUCAUCAGGUCCUACCUGACUUCAGAAACGGUGCCCAAGUGUUACAACGCAAGCGCCCGGAGUUGAACUCCACGGCGUGGUUCGUUGAGUACAUCGGGGCCUUCACACCGUUCCUCACGCUGAACGACCUCAACACCUUCGGCCCUGUACAGAUCUCUGCUGCCUUAGCCGCUAACUUUGGCGACGAGCUCACGACAGACGCCAUCGCUGCACUGAGCGAAGAGAGCGCCACUAGCAUUUCCGCCGGUCAGAUCAACGCCGCUAGUCCGCAAGUUCUGCUGGCCUCCCUGGGAAUCCUCAGCAGCGCGACUGGCUGGAACCAAGGCCAGGCCCUGGCAAUCGUCCAAGCCCUGACGUCCUCAGGAGAGCUACAGCAUCUCGGGCACAGAGCUGAUCAGCGCUUCCAGGAUCCCACGUUCUUAACGCAUUUCAUCAGCGCACCAACGAUCGUCCAGCAGACCUUCGUCAAUCAGAUUAUAUCUGUCAACAGUAGCAGCACGGCAAUCAUAGACAACGUACCAGAUGCCCUGGCGACCGAGAUACCACGCUUCUUUCUGGUUUUCAGCAGCACCACGGUCGUCAUGAGACUCAAUAGAAAGACAUGGAGGAAGCAGCAGAGAAAAUGGAGUGAGCCGACAAAGGAAAAGAAGGAUGAAAAGAGAAAUAAGGCCUCCAUUAGAAGUCGGAGAACGAGGGCCGCUGACGAGGAAUGCACCUCGGGGGCGAUCACGCAGGUCACCAUCAGCGACGCGACCUUCCCCUUCGACUACACCACCGCGGCCCAGUUCAACAGUUGCCUCAGCGCGACCACCACCAGAGACAACCUUGCUGCCAUCACGCAGGCAGUGGAUGACACAGAGUACCUCCGAAUCGUUCUCGACAAGCUGCAAGAGGCAUACGCUUCCACAUCGUCCAUCCCGGAAGAUCAGGUCAAGGUCCUCGGACCGGCAUCUCGAACAGCCACCAGUGAGGACAUCAGCAUGUGGAACAUCACCCAGAUCGACACGCUGUCCGACCUGAUGAACUCCGCCAAUGGGGAGUGGGAUCCGACCUUGGCUGAGGCUAUCAUCUCUAAGUAUCUGACACGUCCGGGGAACAGUCUGGGUACUGCUGAGCUGAACCAAAUUGGAGGAGCCAACUUGUGUGCUCUGAGCGUCAGUGUGCUAAGGAACAUCUCUGCAAAUAGCAUCAGAAAUGCCAACGAGCUGACGAUCACCAACUGCAGCAUAGAGAACAAGAGAGCGCUGUUUACCAUUGCGCAGGUAGCCUUCAGCGCGACCCGGGCUGUAAUGGUACCAAUUACCGAGUUCCAGCUCAUCACGUCCUAUUUGGGUGGUGCUGAUUCGAGCUACAUCAACCGUUUGGCUGAUUCCGGUGUUAACAUGGACCUACCUACUUUUACCAGCCUGGACCCGGAAGUUGUCCCGAGCCUGACUGUGCCCCAGGUCAGAGGUCUCCUGGGAUCCAACACCGACGACUUAACUGCCUAUAAGGACGACCCUGUGGUCCAAGACUGGGCUAGUCGGCAGUCACAGACAGACCUCGAUGGCCUUGUUUCGGGACUCACAGGUCGUGCCGUGGCAUCAACGACCACGCCUGCUGCAACCACUGCCGGGGGAACCACUGCCGGUGGAACCACAGCCAGUGGAACCACUGCCGGUGGAAACACUGCCGGUGGAACCACAGCCAGCGGAAACUACAGCCGGUGGAACCACUGCCAGCGGAACCACAGCUGCAACCACAGCCAGUGGAACAACAGCUACUGGAACCACAGCCAGUGGAACCACAGCAGGUGGAACCACAGCUGGUGGAAGCACAGCUGCUGGAGCCACAGCCGGUGGAACCACAGCUUCUGCAACAGCAGCCAGUGGAGCCACGCCUGCUGCAACCACAGCAGGUGGAAGCACAGCUGCUGGAGCCACAGCAGGUGGAAGCACAGCUGCUGGAGCCACAGCAGGUGGAAGCACAGCUGCUGGAGCCACAGCAGGUGGAAGCACAGCUGCUGGAGCCACAGCUGGUGGAAGCACAGCUGCUGGGGCCACAGCAGGUCCAACAACAGCUGCUGGAGCCACAGCUGGUCCAACCACAGCUGCUGGAGCCACAGCAGGUGGAACCACAGCUGCUGGAGCCACAGCAGGUCCUACCACAGCUGCUGGUACUCCAGUUGCUGGAACCACAGUUGCCCCAGCGGGUGGAACCACGACAACCACCACGACAACCACCACUACCACCACCACUACAGCUUCCGGUGGUGAUGGCACAAAGCCAGACAUCUUCUGCCUUCUCACCCUCCUCCUCGUCUUCCUCACAUCCCAGCAUAUCCUGUCCAUCUGAAACGGCACUCAAGUAUAGCGUGGCACUCCGGGUAGUAAUGAAAUUAUAAAAGGAAAAGGGAUCCCUAUUACUGGUCUAUUUUGGUAUAUGUGACGCAAUCAAGACUGCAUCUUAGUAUUUCCUCAAUAUAUGCUUUACGUCAUGAUGAGGGAUUGCCUGAAGUAUGAAGGCUGUAACUUAAAUAGUACAUCUAAAAUAUCUGAUGCACAUUUAUUUUCCACAGGAGUCAGUUUUGUGUAUGUAUAGCCGGCAUAACGUUUUAUAAAUAAAAAAUGGAUAAGUCAUGUUCUGAUAUGGACCAUAAUUCAUAAAAAUGUACUUCCAUUUCUUAUGAAAGGUGUUUAAUUAUAUAAAAAAAAUGUUUUUAUUAUAAUUAUAAUAUUAUUAUUCAGCAGUACGAUAAUACAAAUAAAUGUUGGUGUUAUGGAAAAUGUAAUGCAAAAGAUUAAGCCUAUUAAAUUAUGAUUCAAUAAUUCACUAUUAAAAUUGUCUUGACUGUUAAAAAUAGUCAAAUUGUGUAAUUACUCUAUUCUAAUAUAUUCUAAUAUUCUAAUCUAUUCAAAUACAAAACGUGAAAAACUGGCACGUUUGCAGGCAAUUCUCAAUUCAAAAACUAUCGGAGAAAGCCGGCGCCCUCCAACGCCUUGGUUAUUGUUCAAGGUAGGAAAGAAUUUACGGAGCCCCUUAAGGGAACUGCAUAGAAUGGAAAAAAAACUAAGAUAUAUGUGAUGUGAAAAACUUAAUGCACGUUGACAAAUAAAUCAUGGUUUGAAAGUAAAAUCAGGGUGAAAAAAAAUAGGGGGAAAUAAAAUAAAAUGCAUUUCAAGGCACUUCCUCCAGUCUUUGGGUCCCACAACUGGGUCAAAAUGAUUGUUAGGCACAGUUUCAUUUUUAUAACGGCAAUACUUUUGAUUAACUGUUGUGGUGCCACCCUUGGACAUGAGCACUUACAGUCUGGUUGUUUGAUCUGACACUGGUGUAGAUUGCUGCAAAAACUAAAUUGUUGUUGUUUUCUAAUACCAGGCAAACAUUAGCUUCUCUUCCUAACAUUCAAACUUUGAAGGGCAGUCAGAUAGUGUCACAGUACCGUAUCCAGUUUUCUUAAUCGAUGAUCGUUUAACUUUUAAACUUCACAUUGAAAACGUAGUAAAGAAACUGUAAUUGUACUUAAGCUUGUUUUUUUUUCUAGAAAUAAAUCCUGCUUUUUCUAUGC